GAGAAAUGGAUCUGGUGGAGGUGCUCGUUAUGACCCUUUCCCUAAUGGCGGUCAGAAAAGCCCAGCCUAAGCCAAGUGAACCUCCUGCUCUCAGAAAUACCACCAGCAGCAGCACAACUGUAGAACCAGAAAUUAAAAAAUUACGUCUGAUGGAUGGAGGAAGCAACUGUUCAGGCAGAGUCGAGUUGGAAGUCAUGGGUAUCUGGGGCACAGUAUGUGGUGACAAAUGGGACCUGGCUGAUGCUGAAGUUGUGUGUCAGCAACUUGGUUGUGGUUCAGCCGUUGGGGCUCUCAGUGGCUCUCAUUUCCAAAAUGGGACAAGACCCAUCCAUAUGAAUGAAGUGAAAUGCUUGGGGAACGAAUUGUAUCUAUGGGACUGUCUAUCCAAGAAGAGCCAUAAUUGUGGACACAAAAAAGAUGCCGGUGUGAUUUGUUUAGGCUCACUGGCUAUCCAGACGCCUACAGAUACAACAGAAAGAGAAACUUUGACUUCAGUCUCCCAUUUACCCAGUAUAACUUUAACAACUCCUGAAGAACCGAAAGCAACAUCACCAGAUCGGAACCUGCGGAUCGCCUGCAUCAUUCUGGGUUUUCUCCUUUUUCUGAGCAUUGUGAUUAUUAUCCUUCUGCUGAAAAGACAGAAGAAAAACGAUUGUGUUAUUUCUUCUGCUCCAGUAUCUGUCCCCGUCCUGAUGAAUCACACGGUGCAGAAGUUAACCACUGGAGGGGAUAUCUCCCUCAGCCUCCACAAAACAGAAGACGUGACCCCUUCAGCAGCCCAUGAAGACUCUGAUUCUGAUUAUGAAGACUAUGAUUUCAGCAAGAAGCCCCCUGUGCCUCUCUCUAAUUUCUAUACUUCUUUUCACUACCAAGUAACUGGUGACCAAGUUUCACCACCUCACAACUUCCCCAAACUGACAACGCGCCAGGAGACCAAACGUCCCAAGGAUUAUCGACAACAGGAUCUUACAGCUGAAGACAGUGAUAGCACCUCUUCUGGAGAUGCAGAUUGGUAUGAGAAUAUCCACAAACCGCAGCAACACGUGGAGCAACAAGGAGAGGAACCCUCCUUUGCAGGCUUAACAGUUUUUGCCAAACCUUGGUCAAACAGCUUGACUGGCUCUGGAAAUGAUUCAUUAGAUAGCAGUGAACAUCAUAACAUGUGA